CUAAAUCAAUGAUUUAGAAGAAACCAGUACACGACAUGACAAAUGACAUCUUUCUAGCUAUUAACAAGAAUAACAAGUAACCGUUUUAGUGCUUACAAAUUUAAAAGAUGGAACCAAUGACUUUGGGUAGUGCUCCUUCAAGUCCAGCUUCUCCGGGAGUUAGUCGUAACUUUUUACCCAAUUUUUUAAUGGGAGGCGAUCCUCAAAUAAAUUCACCUAAUCCCAGUAUUUCCCCUGGAAGAAAUAAAACUCCGGGAAAUUACGCCAGAGUAUCCACAAAUGCCAUCGACUCUAAUAAUUUACGUCAAAAAUUAUUUAAUCACACAAUAAAUGAAAGCUCUUCUCCAUUAUCACCAUACUCAAUGGUACCCGAAAAGGCUGGACCCCCUAAAUUGGGAUUAUUCGAUAGCCUAGAACAAAAGAAGAAGGGUAGUCCUGUAAUGAGCAGUACAGUGGGAAAUGUUAAUGAUUCAAUUCCGUUCAAUGAUAGUAUUUUGGGUAUUACUGAGGAGAAUUCAAACUUAAGAAUGAUGAGUUAUAAUGAAUCUAUGUCGAGAACACCUAAUAUAAAUUCGCACAUUAGUGACCGUAUAGAUUCACAUUGGGUCACAGUUUUUGGCUUUCCACCGAGUGCUUUAACUUUAAUAUUAUCACAAUUGGCCAACUGUGGACCUAUUGCUGAUAAAAAAGUGCCACCUCAAGGAAAUUGGGUUCAUAUUAAAUUUAAUCAUCUAAGUGAAGUUGCAAAAGCACUUUCGUUAAAUUGUAAACUUAUUACUAAUAAUAUUAUGAUAGGAGUUACUCCUUAUCAUGAUAAGGAGAAUAAAGAAAAUGAAAGUUCUAUUUACACCUCUCCUUUGAGGGCUAGAUCAUUGAGACAUUCAUUUAUUUCUCCAAGCUCACAAAAUUCUGUAGUUUCUCCACAAACUUUACCCCAAAAAUCCACAGGGAUUGUAACUAAAGCCAUGGAGUAUGUGUUUGGAUGGUAGAUCAUCAAGUUUUCAAAUUUUAAUAGACUGAAUGCAAGUUUUUAAACAUUUUUAAAAUAAUAUGUCCAUCAGAUGCAGUGAAGAACAAACUAGGAAGUGGGUUAAUAUAUAAUCUGUACCUAUAGAUUUUUUUCGGUCUUAGCAUUUUAUUCAUCAUAUUAUGUGUUCAUGAAUUUACAUAUUUAUAUUAUUUUAGUAAAGGCACUAAAACGUAUAUAAAAAAAUUGUUAUUUAUUAUGAAUAUAAUUUUUUUUGUUUAUUUUAAAUAUUUUCAUUUGAUUCUUGUUAAAUCAAUUUUUCAAUUUGUUUAUAAUCUAUUUAUUAAUAUAUUUUGUAUCUACAUGUUUGCAUCUUUGCAGCAUCUCUGUAUUUUUAUAAUUAUUAACAUUUUUGUGUUUAUAUUGCUACAACUCAAUUAUUUUUCAUAAUAUUUCAAAAAUAGUUCUUACCUAUUAUAUUAAAAACUUAUAUAACCAAACACGAUAAUUUGUGUUAAUUUUUUUAAACAAAUUAUGGAAGGAUCUGGUCUGAUGAUAAUUUCUUUGAUUCUUUUCUCUAAAAAGCAGACAAAUACCUUCGGUUGCAGAAAAGCAAAAGAUGUGAUAUUUUUUGUUCAUUACUUGUAAUAUUGUAAAAAGACUUUUGCUUACAGUAAUUGAAAUAUAUUUAAACAAAA